CAAACCAAGCGAAUAUUUCUCCUCAAUCAUUAAAUCACUCAUUCGCUUUGGAAUAUUGGGCAACUGGCAACACGGGAUGUAAUGAAAAACAAACAAGUAACGUUAGGCUUAUAGUAGCCUAUACAGUAGGCUAUACAUUUGGUUUGAAUGUAUUUUAUUAGGCUAUAAAUAUGUGACUAUGUUACAAUUCCCUUUUGAAGCCCUUGUUCUUUUCUCCUUUUCCAUCUCUCCAAUCCCAUUCUGCUCACAAGGUGAUUGGACAUUGAUUUUUGUAAAAAUAAAACGUUUUUACUUAUUAGAUAAAAGUGUAGUUUUAGUUUAAAAUGUUGCAGGCUCAUUUAUUAGUAAUAAAUAAUUGAUAAUAAAUAAUACUGAUGAUAAUAUACCAUAACAAAAAUCCUUGUUUUGGAUUUGUUUUUGAAUCUUCGGUUGUUUAUUUUGUCUCGCGAGAGUUGGCAACCGGUUGGGCAGUUUUGCAAAACAAACGCGUGCGUGUGCGAGUCUUACGGCAUGCAUGUGGGCGAAGCUGACAUUCAAGUUGGGUAACUUUAGGCUACCUAAGUUUGUGAUGCAUUUUUUUUUUUAAAUAUGCGAAAACGAUGGCGAUACAAACUUUUGAAAUACUUUGCUAUAGCUGGAUUAAUAACACUUGUAGUUAUCCUCGCUUUUAACAGCACAAUACGACCGUCUCUACCGAAGACUCCAGUACCUAAAGAGCUCUAUGACGUGAUCUCACCAUCAACAUACAAAUUCAUUCUGAAUCAGCCAGAACUGUGUGAGAACAGAAGACCUUUCCUGGUUCUUAUGAUCCCGUUGACUCUCAAAGACACAGAGGCGAGGACUGCUAUUAGAAGGACAUGGGGUCAAGAUGGUUUGAUUCCUCUUGUGACCAUUUUGCAUUUGUUUGUCAUUGGUCAGCCAGCACAAAGUGACCCAGUACUGCAGGAGCACCUUGUGAGGGAGAGCAAAGAAUAUGGUGACAUCAUUCAAAUGGACUUUGUGGACAGCUACCAUAAUCUCACCAUCAAGACGAUGAUGAUUAUGAACUGGAUAGCCACUUACUGCCAGGGGGCCGGGUAUGCCAUGAAGAUCGAUGCAGAUAUCUUUCUCAAUGUACAUUACCUGGUGGACUACUUGCAUGAGCAGAGCGAGUCCUCAGGGAAAGACUACAUCACUGGAUCAGUCAUCUCAGAUGCCGUUCCUAACAGGGACAGCUUUAACAAAUGGUACAUCUCAGAGGACCUUUACCCAGACUCCUGGUAUCCUCCAUACGUGUCUGGAGCUGCAUAUGUCUUUUCUGUUGACCUGGCCAGAAAAAUAUCCUGGGCCUCUAGAUUUGUGCAACCGAUUCCACUCGAAGAUGUCUAUGUGGGGUUGUGCCUACACGUUCUGGGUGUAAAACCAGUUUAUGCAACAAAAUUUCUAGGAUUUAGGAAUCUCUUUGAGGUGCGCAGACUUAAGUAUGAAAGGUGCACUUUUGCCAAGCACAUUAUAGUAAAUGGAUUUAACCCACAGAAUCUUAUCCGCAUUUGGCAUGACUUUCAGAAGUCUUAUUUUACAUGUUGAUACAAUUGAAAUGACUAAAACUGUAUUUGAAGUACCUUGAAGCUGCAAAACUUACUUGAAGUAUUUGCUAGUACAAUUGCUGUAACAAAGUUCACAUCAUUGAGAUGUUAUGUUACAAAUAUUGUUUUUCCUGAAAGGGCCAAGAACACUUACAAAAUAAAGGGAGAAUAUACACCUGUUGAGGUGUUAUGUGUA